AUGUCGACGUCCAGUAUCGCAACGAAAGUGCUCAACCAUCCGGUGUUGGGGGACGUACAGGGCGUGCUUCUCGAGGACGGCAACAUCGACCAAUUCCGAGGCAUACCAUAUGCAGCCAUAUCAGCAAGAUGGACAGACCCCGUGAUUCAAGAAGGAAAGCUCAGUACGGACCUGUUUGAUGCGACGCAGUUCGGACCUGCCUGUCCUCAGGGGGCGGGAGCCCAACGGGCGGACGUAAACCUUGUCGGAGAUCUCCCUGUGGUGGAAAGAAACAUUGAAGAAAAUGAGAAUAACUGUCUAAACCUGGUGAUUACCAGACCUUCGCAGCUUCCACCAGAUACCAAAUUGCCAGUGAUGGUUUGCCAUCCAGAGCUGAAGCUUACGCUCACGCUACGAACCUCAGACCUUGUCAAGUUUGUCAGACAUUCCCUCGAUCAUGGAAACCCCAUUAUUGGUGUCUCGAUCAACUACCGCGUUGGAAUCUUCGGGUUCUUAGCUUCAGCACAGGCUGGUCUGCGGGGAAACUAUGGACUAAAGGAUCAAGCUUGUGCUUUCAGAUGGAUUCAGCAAAACAUUGGGGAAUUCGGCGGUGACCCUGGCUCGAUCACCGCCUUUGGAGAAUCAGCAGGAGGAAUUCGGAGGCCGCAGUCAAUGGCUUGGCAAGAAGCAAUGCUCAGAGAGAACCUUACGUAUCUUGGACUGGACGACUCAGAUCUAAAAGAAGUUAUCAACAAGCUUCGCUUGCUACCGGCAUCUGAUAUUGUCCAAGUAGUGCCGAUGGUUCAGCAUUGGAGCGCAACUUUGGAUGAAGACUUCCUCCCGGGGCUGCGUGCGGCAGACCUCACUAUCACGAACACGUGGUGCAAGAGCAUUUUGACAGGGGACAUGGCUCACGACGGCACCAUUCUACGCUCGCGGUACUUGGAUAGAAUGGAUGCAAAGGAGGUGACAAUUGCGGCAUGUAACGAUAUUCUCGGGUCUGAUCUGACCCAGAAGGUCCGGACAGCGUACUUGCUUGACACCGACAAGGCGGCAACGGGUAUGCUACUGCUCGCUUCAGAACUGCGGUUUUAUGCGCCAGUAUUGGCAGCAGGCAAAGGCUUUGGAUUGCCCCACGAUGUCAAAGUCCGCCAGUAUCACAUGGAUCAGGUCAGUUCGCCCGUGCCUGGCUUUAUUCCCGGCAAGAUUCUGACGUCGCGUGCUCCUCAGACAAACCCGCUUCCAGGUGGUCUACAUGGGUUUGCUUCGCAUGCUCUCGACAUUGCAUAUCUACUUGGCAAUUUUGAGCCUUGGCUCGCACGUGAAGACGUUGAGUUGGGCAGGCGGUUCGCUGAGGCAGUACUGGAGUUUGCGCACGACGGAAAACGAGACAGCGACGACGUGAUAGCUGUGGGUCCCGAACACAAACUUCAGAUCUUGUCCGCUGAGCAGUAUGAUGCCAAGUAUCGGGACGGUCGAGGCAAACUUCUCGCAGAGAUUGGCUGGAAGAAAUGCUUGACAUUGGGCGAGCGACUUCAGGGGUUCCCGUAUCCUGAGUUGUGA